AUGGCAGACGAAAAUUCGCCCAAGCAAGGCUUACUUGCAGACCCAAACUCAACGGUACCAGUCAUAGAGCGUCAAGGAAAAAUCGUCGCCAUCUUCGACGUUGUUUGGCGCACUGGAGAGAAUGAAAUAGGUAAUCGGCGAGGCUACGCUGACAAGACUCUCACGAUCACACGCAUCCAGACUGAAGACGAAAAUUACCUCUACCGCACUUAUAAAGCAUACUUCACCUAUCGGAUCUGCUACGGAAACAUCACAGACAUUCUUGAGAACGAGUACAACUGCAAAGCCUCUGAGGACGAAACCCGCUUCUACGACUUCACUUUCCUGCGCCGAGGCGAACACGAGGCUAUGGAGAAGCCACGCUUCUACUUCCCAGAGUAUGAUGUCUUGGACGAGAACAAACGUCCGUUCAUGGGACUUUGUAUGGUUCAGAGGAAGACAUUGUAUGAGCAGGAGGUUGUUGCUGCGUGGGCAAAGGCGCGGGAUAAGGGAAUGUCCUGGAAGACGAGCAAACCCGCUGAGCUGACUGACGAGGAAUAUGAGAUGUUGUCGGAUAAGGAAGGUGUAGCUAUGGCAGAACAUCAGGUUGAAUGCCUUGAUCAUUGGUUUGGUGGACCACGUCGUCGACGCUAG